AUGCCCCCAUAUACCUUCAAGAAGAUACUAUCUGCAAGUGAUGUCGGUAAUCAAAGCAGGCUUUUGCUGCAAAGAAGUGAUGCCGAGAACCACAUCUUGAGUCAUCUAUCUGAAGAAAACAACAGAGCAAUCCAAGCAGGCCAAGGAGUCAGGAUUAGAGUGUGUGACCGCAACUCAAACACUGAGCACGAGCUUGUUCUAAAGAGAAUGGUGAAUACAACGGGAAGCUAUGUUUUAAACGGUGGAUGGAUUAGAGAGUUUGUCAAUAGGAGAGGUUGGGAGGAAGGACAGGAGAUUGGACUCUUCUGGAAUAUCGAUAAUAAUAGACUCGAUAUUUAUAUGCUUCCUCCUCCUCCAGAUCAAAAUAAUCCUAACUAG